UCAAUAAUGGGCCACGAGCCCAAUUAACACUGUACAACAUUCAAAAUCACAAAGUACAACAUUCAUUGCAGGCAUAAACCCUAACGCGUCGAGAAAGCAAGGGUACAACAUUUGCUUCACAAGAUACAACAUCUAAUCCAGGUGCAAAAUAGCAGAACCCUAAAAGUCUCUGCGCAUCUACAAAUAUUCGAGAACCUUCUCUGAGGUAGAAGAAAGGUUGAUCGACGCCACCGCCGACGCAGACUCGUGGUCAAUAUCUGGUAUAUGCGCGGGAGCGGUGACGUAAGCCCUAGCCGACUGUCGUUGUUUGUCGCCUUCAAGCCUCGUCAGGUCAUCCUUUUGGAGCAGCGGCGGGCCAAUCCGUCAGUAUCCGCAUCAAUGGCGACGAAAAAAGAGGAGAAACCAGUGCAAUUGAAGGCUGAGGACGAGUAUGCUAUGAUUUGCUCCAUUGCUCUAUGGCUCGAAAACAAAGGCUUCUCCAAAGUUCUCAAGCGCUUCCUCUACGCCGCACAAAUUCAGGACGACAAUUGGAAGGAAAAGGCUGUUAACUUAAGUGAGGUUUUCCUGCGACCUGUAGUAACGAACCUGAAGAUGUGGUACUCAAUAAGCAAGCCUUUUACAGAAGAACAGUUGGUUUCUGUAGCCAAUGCAAAUGGGAAGUGUGAGGAAAUUGAGGGUAAGAAGAAGAAGAAGAAAAAGGCCAAGGGCCAAGAAUUGGCUACAGACAUUGCCGAUCAUGGUGAAAAAGGUAAACCCGUAAAAGGUUCUGAUGAUUGCAAAGAUCUUGAUGUGGUGGAUCAAUCGACUAAGAAAGAGAAAAAGAAAAAGAAAGACAAUUUAACUUCAUAAUUGGCUACCAACACUGCCAAUAAUGCCGAAAAAAGUAAACCCGCGAAAGGUUCCGAUGAUAGCAAAGAUCGUGAUACGGUGGACCAAUCGGCUAGGAAACAGAAAGAGAAAAAGAAAAAGAAAGACAAUUUAACAUCAGAAUCAUUAGGUUCGGGUAGAAAG